CCCCCCCUCCCGGAUUGAUACUGCUCGCUUCCUCCCGCACUCCCGAUCGCGCCGCCCCCGUCACCGCUCAUCUCAUGCAAGAAGAGUCACACCAUCAUCCCCCAAGGCAACCCAGAGAGCAUCCCCCCCCAGACGCCGCUGCCGCUUCUCGUCCUUCGGGCAACCAUGAUGCGCACGACCUAAACACCGGCCAGUCGGCCGGCCGCGCCCCCACGCGCAGCCGCACCCGCAAGCCCCGUAACUCGGGUGCCGCCGCUGCCGCCGCCAACCCCGGCCAGCAGGACGCCCCGAAUGCCUCCCCCCCCACCCUCGACGCAAGCAACGCCGAGGGUGCCGCGCCGCGCGCCGGCCCCCGGCCCCGUGCCGGCCCCCGGCGCAAGAAGCCCGAGCCCGGCGCCACGACCGCCGAGCCGGCUGACCCCGUCAGCCUCGAGCAGCCCGCCAGCCCGGCGGCCGGCCCUCGUCGCGGCGGCCAAACAUCGCGCCCCUCCCGGCGCUCCCGUUCUGGCGCCUCGAGCGCCGACACGACCAUUGUCGACCCGGAAGCCGGCACCGAGGGAACGGCCUCGCGCGGGCCCGGGCGCUCUGGGCGCCCUCCUCGCGGUGCUCGCCUUUUGCCGGUCCCCCGGGAUCUGGCCAGCAGCCUCGGCCAUCGCCCCUCAACCGGCACCACCCUCGGCCAGGAGGACAGCCCGUCCAGCACCGACCCGAGCCCCUAUCCCAGCCCCAGCCCCAGCCCCACCCCGCGGAAGGCUGUUCCGGUGGCCAAGUGGACCGACUCCGGACCGGUGCCCGAGCGGGUCAAGGAGCUCCGCCAGUCGCUGCUCGACGAGACCCUCAGCUGCCCGGUUUGCUAUGAGCCGAUCAGCCCGAGCUCGGACAUCUGGAUGGACUCGAUCUCCUGCUUCAACCUCCUGCAUUUCGAGUGUGCCGUCGCCUGGGCUCGAGCUCAGAUUGACCUUCACCAGGAGCAGGAGGCCAGUACCCCCGGCGCCCGGCCUCGGCGGACCUUCUACUGGAAGUGCCCCAGCUGCCUGGAGCCGCAGGCCGUCAAGAUCCCGAGCACGGUGUCCUGCUUCUGUGGAAAUGUGUCCCGGGCGCGAUCCGGCCGGCGGCCAGUGCCGCAGAGCUGUCAGCAGCGCUGUAGUCGGCCGCGUCCCUGCGGGCAUCCCUGUCCGCUGGCCUGUCACCCGGGCCAGUGCCCCCCCUGUGAGGCUCCGCUGCCGACGAGCCCUUGCCAUUGCGAGCGCCAUGCCAGCCCGGGCGUGUGUUCCGGACGCGCGUCUGUCGGCAGCCAGCUUCGCGCCCUGCGGUGGUCCUGCGAGAAUCCUUGCGGCCGGGUGCUCUCCUGCCCGGGCAAUCGCUCCCGCCCGGGGGCCACCGGCACGGCCCCGGAGCCACACCUCUGCCAAACCCCCUGCCAUGAGGGCCCGUGUCCUCCGUGCAUGGUUCCCACGCCGAGCACUUGCUACUGUGGCAAUGUCACCGCCCAGGACACCCUCUGCCACCAGGGCAGUGGCCUACGUGGCCCGGCCCACUCGCCGGCGCCCAACGAUGCGGGAUCCGCCCUCCCGCGAACCUUCUCCUGUCGGGGGCUCUGCAAUCGGCUUCUUGGAUGUAACACCCAUCGCUGCACGCGCCCUUGCCACCCUGGUCCCUGUGCACCGUGCCACCUGCAGCCGGGCACGGUCCUGUCCUGCCCCUGUGGCAAGAUGGACCUGGCUCUGUGGCAGGGAACCGACGGCAAGGCGGAGCGACUGACUUGCAGCGACCCGGUGCCCACCUGCUCCAAUAUCUGUGGUCGACCCCUGCAUUCGAUGCGGCUGCCCAGCACGGCCGCCUUGCGAGGCGCGACCGGCAAGUCCGGUGCUUCGGCCGAUGGGGCCACUCACCACACCUGCCAGCAGCCCUGCCACGUGGGCCCCUGCCCGGCCUCCGAUGAGGCCCUGGCCCUGAGUCUGGCUCGCGCCAUCGGCGAGCACCACAGCCAUGAUGCCGGCAGCAGCAUGGCCGAGGCCCCUGGCGAGGAGAUUUCCACCGUGGCUCUCGGGCUUCUGCUGUUGCCGCCGGGCGACGAUCGCCGGCCCUCUCAAUGCACCCGGCCGAUUCGCAUUGUUUGUCGUUGCGGCAACAGCCAAACGGACCUCCCCUGUACGCAACUUCGCGCGGAUCCCCUGCUGUCGGCCCUGUCAUCGACCGAUCGUGCCCUCCUGGCAGGCCACAAUCCCGAGGCCUUCUCGCUGGAAGCCCCGGCCGCGGCGGCCACCUGUCAGCUGGUUUGCGGUCGGCAGUUGUCCUGUGGCCGGCAUGUGUGCCGCCAGGCAUGCUGCCCCUCCCGCGGGACCACGUCCCUCGCCGCGGCCGAUGCCAUCGCCGCCCAGACUGGCCUGGCCACGGCGUCACACACCUGCAUGGAGGUGUGCGGGCGCCUGCUCAAGUGUGGCCAUCAUCACUGUUCGGAGCUUUGCCACCGUGGCGUCUGUCCCCCAUGCACGGACUUCAUCCACACGCCACUUGCCUGCGAGUGUGGCAGUACCAUCCUCCGGCCGCCGCUCCGGUGUGGCGUCCGCCUGCACGCCUGCAGUCAAAUCUGCUCGGCAUCGCGAGCCUGCCCGCACCCGGUGGAGCAUCUGUGCCAUCGGAUCCUGAGCGGGGUGCCGAGCCUGGCCGAGCAGCUGGCCGCCCUCGAGGCGCCUGGCGCCCUUUCCCAGGGCCCGGAGGCCCUUGCCGGCGCAUUUGCCCAGCUACUGGCCCUGGCAAGCCAGCAGGCCACCCUGUCCGUGUCGUCGGCCACCCUGCGCCGUGGCGACCGCGUGUCCCACAGUACCCCCUAUCCCCCGGCGGCCAGCUGUCCCCCCUGCUUGUCGCGCGUGACCAUGCACUGUCCCUGUCCCCGGCACCAGGCGGUGACGCUGCCCUGCUGGCAGGCGCAGGUGGCCCGCGUGGCGGCGGCCCUCCUGGCUCGCGAGGUGACCCUGGCCGCCGAUGGUGCGGACGGCCCGCGGCUCACCCUGCUGGAGGAUGACCCUGCGCUGGCGACGGCCGCCACCGCGGCGGCUGUCACGACGCUCGGCUCGCCGGGGUCGCUGUCCCAGGCCCUGGCCACGCCGGCUCGGCCGACGGUCGAAUCCGUGUGGGGCCGCAAUCGUGCUGCGCCGGCCGCCAGUAGCAAGGCCUCGGAGUCUGAGCGUGCGUCCGCCACGGCCACGGCCGCCUCCGCGGCUGCUGAUGCUGCCCAGGAUGCCCCGGUCGACCGGUCAUACAUGCAGCUGAGUCGGGCCAUCCUCCUUCCCCAGCCGCCUGCUUCGUUGCGCGUCAGCUGCGGGCAGCUGUGCGGCCGGGCACUAGCUUGCGGGCAUCCCUGCGGGCGUCCCUGCCAUCUUGGCCCAUGCCAAGGUCUGGACACCCUGGAUCGACAGGUGGUUCGCAUGCUGGAGCGCCUACAGCACCAGCUGGCCGUCAGCGCUUCCCGGGCCUCUGCCGGGGCCGGUCGUUUCGGGUCUCCUUCCCCCGAGAUGGCUCCCCUCGCUGGUGGCGAAGCCGGCGACGGCAAUGCCGACCAUGAGGAUGCCGGGUCGCCCGACGCUGCGGGUCCCAUGACUUCCUCUGGCGCCGCCGCCGCCGCCGCCGCCGCCGCCGCCGCCGCCGCCGCCGCCACCACCAGUGGCGGGGUUCCCCGUUCGAUCACCGGCGCCGGUGCUAGCACCACGGGCACCAGCGCUCAGGCGACGGGCGAUCCGGACCUCCUGCGCUUCCAGGCGCUGGUUGCCGACCCCGCGGCGGCCGGGCGCCUGACUCCCUGCCAGCAUCCGUGUGGCCGGCGCCGGGGGUGCGGCCACGCGUGCCAGCUUCCCUGCCAUGCCGGGACCCAGGCCGAUUGCGAGGAGGCCGGGCCCUGCUCGACGGCCACACGGGCGGCCUGCCCCUGUGGCUUGCGGGUGGUGUCCUUGCGCUGCCGUGGGAGCAGGACCCCCCCGGCCGAGCCGCCUCGCUGCGAUGCCCACUGUUCGGGUGCCAUGUCCUGGCGCAUGGGCAAUGCGGCGGGCGCCAGCCCCGCGGGCACGGUGGCCACGGCUGGCGCCAUGGCGGCCUCGGCCGCGGCCGGCGCCAUCGGCCCGGUCCGUUCGACCACCGACAUCCAAGCCCAGUCCGAGCGGCUGGCCGGGCUGCUGGAGCGCCACGCGCACUGGCACCUGGCCCUGGCCGAGGGGGUCCGGCUGUUCCGGUUUGUCCUCCGGUCGCCGGUGGUGUCACGCAUCCUGCGCGGCUUGGAGGACUCGCUGUUGGCCUUCGCCUCCAGCCCCUACGAGCAGACCCUCAAUUUGCCCCCCCUGCCGAAGAACCUCCGGCACCUGUGCUACAUCCUGAUCGAGGCCUUCCAGCCGGCGCGUUUCCUGUCGGCCCGGUCGGUGGGCCGGCCGCCGCACCGGUAUGUCGUGGUCACGCGUGUGGUGUCCGGGGCCGUUCUCCAGGCGCCACCGACGCGCCUGUCUUCCUUCUUCCUGAGCGGCGAUUGGGCCGCCGCCCUGGGCCUGACGCCGCUGGACCAGCAGGACCUCCUGACCCAGCCCGCCGGCCGGGGCGAGGAGGAGGAGGACUUCCAGUUUGACCCGGCCGCGCCGGAUAGCCUGGCCGCCGCGCAGGCCGCCUCGCACCAGCACCAGUCGGCCGCCGCCCGGGCGGCAUCCGGCCCGGCGCAAACGGCUCGCUCUCGCCUGUCUCACACGGGCGCCAGCGGGAUUGGCACUGUGGUGCCCUUCUGCCGGGUGCUGCUGGUGGCCGAUGUCCCUGGUGCCGGGCAGGUGGACGCCGCUGAUGGGGCUGGCGCCGCGGUUGCCGCCGCGGCCGGCGGCCAGGCGGAGAGCCGGCGCUUCGAGGCGGCCACCGACAAUCGGAUCAAUUGCCUGCAUCUGUCCGGGCCGGAGCUGGUCCGCGUGUCGGGGGCAUUGGCUCUCUUUGCCCGGUCUUGCAGUCCCUCCUUCGACAUGAUCCCCCAGGCGGAUGGGUCGUUGGCCCUGCUGCCGGACCAGUGCAGUGUCCUGGUCCUGGGGGUGGGUAGUGGCUUUACCGAAACCCCGGAGGAGUAUCUGCGGGUGUUGCAUGCCCUGAAGGAGGCCCUGGUCAGCCUAUGCAGUUCCUUCGAGCACCUGUACCACAGCCACCAGCAGCGCGCCACCGCCGGGCCCCCGGAGCUGGACGCCUCACUUACCGACAGCAAGGCCUUCCUGGCUUCGGCCGAGACCGAUGCCCAGCUGGGGGCCGAGCUGGCCCAGGCCUUCACCUCGACCAUCGACAUCCGGACCUUCCUCCGGCAGUUGAAGCUCGAGGCUGCCUGGCUCCUGCCGAACAUGACCCUGGAGACGCCCUUUGUCACGGUGCGGCGCAUGGUCCCGGGGGGGAGCUCCUCUUCCGGGGCCCUGGCCGGGCCUCCGCGGCUGAUCCCGGCCCCGGCUCCGGCCGCUGCUUCCCUGUUGCCGGUCGUGCCGAAUGCCUUCUCCCUGCUGUCUUCCUCGCUGGCUGGCGGCCCGUCAUCAUCGGCUUGGGGUGAUGAUGAUCACCCGGCGCCGGCGACCGACGGCACUCCCCCCUCCUCGGCCAGCGGUCCUGCCGCGGGGGCCAUGGCCACCAGUGACACUGCUGGGGCCGUUGCUGCUCCUGCUGCCGGUGGCGAUGCCAGUGGCGGCGCUUCUGCGGCCGGCGCCCCGACCAUCACCGCCCGGGAGGCCGGACGCGCCGGCGUCUCGAAUGCCUGGUCCGACGAGAGCCUGGCCCCGGUCACGGUCCCCACCAUUGGCCUUUCGGUGGCCAGCCGGCCGGCCGGCGAGGGAGAUGCCCCUCCGGUCCUGACCCCGGUCUCCGUCUCUCCUCCCCGUGUGCCUGCCAUCCCUCCCAUGCCCAUGCCGGCCGAGGUGGAUGACUGGGACGUCUAG